AGAGCGCGUCCGGCAACGCGGGAGGCUCGCGUGCUGGAGGAGGCGCGGAGGCCGGCUCCCCACGGCGGGCCAGCGGGCACGGUUAGGUGCAGCUGCGCGGUCCGCGUCCCUUUCUCGCCAGUGAGGGAACUUUCAAACUUAGUUAGGAAGCCAGGUCGUCUGGUCUGUGCGUCGGUCUGGGCAGGCUGGAGCCGAGCGUGGCUUUUCGUCACUCGAGCCCGGAUUGAACAGCGCGCGCGGGUUUCCCUGUGUUCCUGGCGCAGAUGUGCUGACCCGGUGGCGCUGGUGUUUGAUGGUGACAGUGCCUACGUGGGGAUGAGUGACGGAAACCCAGAGCUCCUGUCAACCAGCCAGACCUACAACGGGCAGAGUGAAAGCAACGAAGACUAUGAGAUCCCCCCGAUAACACCUCCCAACCUCCCUGAGCCAUCCCUCCUGCACCUGGGGGACCACGAAGCCAGCUACCACUCUCUGUGCCACGGCCUGGCGCCCAACGGUCUGCUCCCUGCCUACUCCUACCAGGCCAUGGACCUCCCGGCCAUCAUGAUGUCCAACAUGCUGGCCCAGGACAGCCACCUGCUGUCAGGCCAGUUGCCCACAAUCCAGGAGAUGGUCCACUCGGAAGUUGCUGCCUACGAUUCGGGUCGGCCAGGGCCCCUGCUGGGCCGCCCGGCGAUGCUGGCCAGCCACAUGAGCGCCCUCAGCCAGUCUCAGCUCAUCUCUCAGAUGGGCAUCCGGAGCAGCAUCGCCCACAGCUCCCCAUCACCCCCGGGGAGCAAAUCAGCCACCCCGUCCCCCUCCAGUUCCACUCAGGAGGAGGACUCGGAAGCCCAUUUCAAGAUCUCGGGAGAGAAGAGACCCUCAGCCGACCCAGGGAAAAAGGCCAAGAACCCAAAGAAGAAGAAGAAGAAGGACCCCAAUGAGCCGCAGAAGCCUGUGUCGGCCUACGCACUCUUCUUCAGAGACACUCAGGCCGCCAUCAAGGGACAGAACCCCAGUGCCACCUUCGGAGACGUGUCCAAAAUUGUGGCAUCUAUGUGGGACAGCUUGGGAGAAGAGCAGAAGCAGGCCUACAAGAGGAAGACCGAAGCAGCGAAGAAGGAGUAUCUGAAGGCUCUGGCAGCCUACAGGGCUAGCCUCGUCUCCAAGAGCUCCCCGGACCAAGGUGAGAGCAAGGGCACUCCGUCGAACCCACCAGCCAAAAUGCUCCCACCCAAGCAGCCCAUGUACGCCAUGCCAGGCCUGGCUUCCUUCCUGACGCCGUCGGACCUGCAGGCCUUCCACAGUGGGGCCUCUCCUGCCAGCCUCGCCCGGACCCUGGGCUCCAAGUCGCUGCUGCCAGGCCUCAGCGCAUCCCCGCCACCGCCACCCUCCUUCCCGCUCAGCCCCCCGCUGCACCAGCAGCUGCCACUGCCCCCCCACGCACAGGGCGCCCUCCUCAGCCCACCCGUCAGCAUGUCCCCAGCCCCCCAACCCCCUGUCCUGCCCACUCCCAUGGCACUCCAGGUGCAGCUGGCGAUGAGCCCCUCGCCCCCAGGGCCACAGGACUUUCCCCACAUCUCUGAGUUCCCCAGCGGCUCGGGGUCCCGCUCACCUGGCCCGCCCAGCGCCACGAGCAGUGGGGACUGGGAUAGCAGCUUCCCGAGCGGGGAGUGUGGCAUCAGCACCUGCAGACUCUGCAGAGGCAGCCCGCCGCCCACUGCCAGCCCGAAGAACCUGCAGGAACCUUCUGCCCGCUGACCUGCUUGCUCCAGGGUAACUAUGGACCUGCUCCACGCCCUGCACAUGGUACCCUGUCUGGACGUCUGGUCCCAGCCCUGGUUCAUGUGGGCUGCCCUCGGCCGGGUCGCUUACCAACUGCAGAACCCCACUCCCAGUGCGUGGGCCGGGGGCUGGCCCAGUCAUCGACGUGCAAAUAACGUUUUCCAUUGUGAACAAAAGAUUAUGAAACCUAUAAACUGUUGGCUCCGUGUAAGUAGUUGACUACGUGUUUUAGAACUGUGCUGAAGACAUCUGUAAGAUUAUUUUGUGGGGGACAAAAAAAAAAGUAGUUUCCUUUAAGGUAAAAAGCAUUUUAUAUGACCCUUAGCACAUUUUUUUUUUAAGUUUUAUCUGAAGGGAGACGUGCACCGAAGCAGCUGCCAAACGGUUGCAUCAUCUGUACAGCAGGGACUGGACGCUCAUAGCCACGCUCCACGACGUGGCCUCUGUUUUCAGUUGUGUGUCCAUCUAGUUAAAAUGGCCAGCGAUGGCUUUUGUCUAUUUAUGAAGCACACUCGAGAGGAAGUUGCCGUUUAUCAGCACGUGCGCGUGGUUUGGGGCUUCGGUUUUACUUUCGGUUCCUGGCGUCGUUUGCAGCUGUCUCCUGGCCCUGGCAAAUGUGUGUCUUGGUGCCCAGUGCUUCUUCUCUCAAACCUCUUUAUAAUAAAACUUUGGAAAAGUGGAAACCACGUCUGUGUCUUCUU